ACAUAUAGGAAAGAACACAUAUUCAUUUCUAACCAUCAAAAAAAAAACAAAAUUCAUUCAACAUAUAUAUAUAUAUAUAUAUAUAUAUAUAUAUAUUUAUCUACACAUUUAGAAAAAGAAAAACAUAUUAUUUUUCAUUUCUAACCAUCAAAAAAAUCAUCCAAACAUAUAUAUAGAAAAACAUAUUAUUUUGUGUUUUGUCCUUAAAAAUAGACAUAAACUUGAGGACGAACGUUGAAAGUUGAACAACUUAUUUGUGUAUCGUUCAUUUUAUCACGCUCUAUUAUUCCAACAUUAAUUAAACUUAUUUGGAAUUGAGACGUACUAUCUAGUUGAUCUUUUGAUUGCCGUGUGUUAUUUUUUAUCACGCGGCAUCAAAGUAUAAUCAUAAAAACAUACGCGAAAAAAAAAAAUAGAUAUAACAAAUGAAUGCAAGAAGUGAAGGAAUGAAAAUACCAUGGAUAUACAUUGUGUUUGUAGCAGCAGCAUUGAUAUUUGGUACAGUGUGUAAUGGUCAAGAUUAUGGUGGUGAGACACCAGUCGCGGCAGCGCCACCACCAGCGCAAGAUAACUGCGAUGGUGUGUUUGUAUCGUAUGCAUUUGAUAGUAGAGAGCGCGAAUAUCCUUUCGUGAAGAAUGUAUCAGCACAAGCGUGGGCGUUUAGCUCGCUGUUAACCGUGAUAAAUACUGGUUUGUUUGAGCUAAAAUCAUGGAAAGUACAUGUAGGUUUUCAACACAAAGAACUUUUGGUAUCUACUGAUGGUGCUGUUGCUGUUGAAGGCGAUGGUUUUCCGGUUAAAGUUGGGAAGAAUGGUACUGUUUUGGCUGGUUUUCCGCAAUCUGAUUUGAAAACUGCGAUUGAUACAGCCGGAGAUUUUACACAGAUGGCGGCGCAGGUGAAGAUAAAAGGGACACAAUUUGGUGUUCCUACUAAAAGUACUCCAAUGCCUAAGACUAUUAAGCUUCUCAAUGAUGGGUAUAAAUGCCCUGCUCCUACGCGAUACAAAACUUAUAUGCAGAUGUGCUGCAAAAGGGAUCCUAAGUACAAGCCAAAAAAUACUACCAUCAAGUUCAUGCCUCGUCAAUACGGAGACCUCUCAUUCUCAUACGACAUUCUAUCCGCUUUUGACAACAAGUAUCAAGCUCAGGUCACCAUCGACAACAUCAACCCAUUAGGACGUCUUGAUCAUUGGAACUUGACGUGGGAAUGGAUGAGGAACGAGUUCAUUUAUAGCAUGAAAGGCGCUUACCCUCGCAAAAAAGAUCCAUCUGAAUGCAUUUACGGACCUCAAGGACAAUACUACAAGGAUUUCGACUUCACUACUGUCCUGAAUUGCCAAAAGAAGCCGGUCAUAUCUGAUCUGCCAACCGAAAUGGAAAACGAUGACAAAGUUGGCAAGUUACCUUAUUGUUGCAGAAACGGAUCUAUUUUGCCAACUAUUAUGAACGCGACUAAGGCUCGAUCUAUUUUCCAGUUGCAAGUCUUCAAACUUCCUCCUGAUUUGAACAGAACCGCGUUGUAUCCGCCUCAGAACUGGAAAAUCGAGGGUACUGUUAACCCGACCUACAAAUGUGGUCCACCUAUUAGAGUUGAUCCAUCAGGAUUCCCUGAUCCUAGUGGAACCGGCAUGACUUCUAGUGCUGUUGCUAGUUGGCAAGUCACUUGCAACAUUACGCGUCCAAAGCCAAAAGAGGCGAAAUGCUGUGUUUCUUUCUCAGCGUUCAACGCUGAAUCUGUUAUCCCUUGCAACACUUGUUCCUGUGGCUGUCAAGAGACGUCUAAGUGCGACGCCAAGGCAAAGGCGUUGCUUCUCCCUUCGCAAGCACUUCUAGUUCCUUUCAAGGACAGGGAAAAGCUGGCUAAAGAAUGGCACAGGAUCAAGCAUUUAGGCUCUAUGCCAAAGAAACUCCCUUGUCCUGAUAACUGUGGGAUGAGUGUCAAUUGGCACUUGGAAAGCAAUACCGAGACCGGAUGGACAGCUCGUAUAACUCUCUUUAACUGGGGAGAUAUCGCUUUUGAGGACUGGUUUACGGCUAUUGAAAUGAAGAAGAAUGUAGCUAAUGGCUACGAAAAUGUAUACUCCUUCAACGGCACUAAGUUAGCGCAACGCAACAACACUAUUUUCAUGCAAGGGCUGAAAGGAUUGAACUAUUUGGUUGGUGAAGUAAAUGGAACUAAUCCUGAUGCUGAUCCAAGAGUACCUGGAAAACAACAAACAAUCAUAUCAUUCGUGAAGAAACAUACACCAAAAAUCAACGUUCAAGCCGGAGAUGGAUACCCUUCUAAGGUAAUCUUCAACGGAGAAGAAUGCGCUAUUCCAACAGAGUUUCCAAAAAGCCAUGCAGCAGCAUUGAAAUCCCAUGUUGGUUUGUUGUCUGCAGUUUUGCUUGCUCUCCUCACUUUCCUUGUGUUGACAGAUCAAUUACACUGAUAUUUCAUCCUAUCAACUGGAUUUCUGUUUUAAGAUUUUCUAUAGAAGCAAAAGGACAUGAAGUUGGGAGUGGAAAAGGAGAAAUUGAAUCAAGAAAAGAAAAUCCCAAGACAUAAUUUGGAAAUUAGAAGACUUUGUAACAAAGUUAUUAAGACAGAAAAAUGAAUGUAUACUUGUUUGAUUGAUGUAUCUAAAAUUUAUUAAACUCACACACAAAAAAAUGGAAACAUGAAACUAUUUUUUCUUCUUGUA